AUGGCACUCACUGCCUAUAAGGAAUCAGUUCCCGCCAAGAAUUGCAUAGAUUACAACUGUGAAAGCUGCGUGCUGAGUUGUGCAUGCUCUUUCUCCAUUUUGUUUUGCUUACGUAUUCUUUACUUGGAUUCAGGCUGUUGUUUGAAAAUGAAAAUGUCAAGAAGAGGCUUACGAGAUGAAGAAAUCGAACGAUUAUUGUGUGAAAUUCCAUCAGACGAGGAUUCCACUGUUGACACCACAGAUGACGAAUCUGAUUAUGAAGCAAGCAUUGUUGCGGAGGCUAUUGUGUCGUCUGAAGGCGAAGUUUCAGAGAGCGAGGAAGAAAGUGAGUCCACUCCGCCAAAACGCGCUGCUGACACAGCGCCAACUUGGGGACAACAAUUCAAUGCUACCUCAGGAAUGCAGUUCGACAGUGAAUCAGGACCAAGUGCUUUUAUUAGGGACAUUGAUGAUCCAGAACCUAUCGAUAUAUUCGAAAAAAUAUUUCCAAAAGAGCUAGUUCAGCUAAUCGUUUUCCAAACAAAUUUAUAUGCGACGCAAUCUGGCAAGUCUUUCACUCCAACAACUGACAAUGAAAUACGAACUUUCCUGGGAAUCAACAUUUUGAUGGGUAUAAAGCGUAUGCCAGCAUACAGAGACUACUGGUCUAGUGCCCCAGAACUUCAUGAUCGUUAUAUUGCAUCUCUGAUGGCAGUAAAUCGGUUUGGAUGGUUACUGAGGAACAUUCAUCUGAAUGAUAACACAUUGCAUCCAGAAAAAGGACACCCAGGUUAUGACAAACUGUACAAGCUGCGACCAGUGAUCAAGAUACUAUCUGAAUCUUUUUCCAAGUGUUACCAACCCAGCAAACACCUAGCAAUUGAUGAGUCAAUGAUCAAAUUCAAAGGCCGCAACAGUAUGAAACAAUACAUGAGAGAUAAACCCAUAAAGCGUGGUUACAAAGUGUGGAUGCUGUGUGACAAGACCUCUUACAACUUGAAAUUUGAUAUUUACACCGGAAAAGUAGGUGACACAGUGCAAACAGGCCUUGGGGAGCAUGUAGUGCUGAGUUUGUCCUCUGAACUCGUAAAUAAAGGCCAUUAUCUUUAUUUCGACAACUAUUUCAAUAGCUAUAACUUGUUGGCUGGUUUACAGCAGAGAAACAUAUAUGCCUGUGGGACAGUUCAACCAACAAGGAAACAUUUACCCAAAUUAAAAACAGACAAAGAAUUAAGCAGAGGUGAAUUUGACUGGAGGGUCAGCAACUGUGGCAUCCUCUACUUGAAGUGGAAAGAUAAGAGAGCUGUUCAUCUCCUUUCAAAUUUUCACAGUCCUGAAGUUACUACAGUGACUCGCCGUGAAAGAGAUGGUUCACGCAUAGAGCUACCUUGUCCUCAAGCAGUGAUGGAUUACAAUGCACACAUGAACAAUGUCGACAAGUUCGACCAACUGAAAAAAUCAUAUGAAAUAAGCCGGAGAAGUAAAAAGUGGUGGCACCGAAUAUUCUUUCACCUGCUUGAUGUCAGUAUCGUCAACAGCUAUAUAAUUUGGAAGGAACUAGGCGAUAGAGAAAAAAUGACUGCCAAAGUCUUCAGGAUGAGUAUCCUGCAAAGCUUAGUAACCCAGAAAACACCAUUGAGGCCAUCUAGACUUCAUGAGAGUCAAGUCCACGUAAAGAAAAACAAGCCAUAUGUUUCCUCACGCCAGCGUCUCGACAAUUCAUCCCACCAGCCAGAGCCAAAACAAAAAGGUGCUUUCAAGAUUUUCACAAAAAGGAAUAAGAAACAUAUUUUAUUUGUAAGAGUAGAAUUUAAAGGUGAGUUACAAGCACAAACCAAGAUAUCUCAAAAACUUUAG